AUGCCCUCAAAUCGAAGUAGCUCCUUUAGGACCCAACCGCCGCCAACCGGUCGUCCUCUUCACCGAUGCAAUUCGUCCGAGAAGCCUGUUGAUUACUGUUUGGCUUGCGAGGCCUCGUUUGGAGCCAGUCCUCGCCGCAACUCUUCCAGCAACAGUCAUGGGACCGGGCAAAGCGACCCCCAGAAGUGGUUUGACCACUCGAACCAGAACCCGACCGCCACUAUCGGCAACAAUCCCAUGGACAUUGACCCCCCCUUCUUCCAGCCAGAAUCUAGUUCGUCGAAUUCGGAGAAUCCAUACUCCCAAAGUCAAUACCAGCUCGCCUCUCCGAAUCUCAGCACGGCGCAUAGCAGUAGCGCUGAUGACUAUCGCAGUGUCAUUGACGACCUAACGAUUGAGAUUCAACAGCUUAAGGAGGAAUUGAAGCGCUAUAGGCAAACAGGUCCGGACAUCCUUCGUAAAGACACGCUCUUUGAGAUCAGGAUCCAUGGGCUGCCCGAAAAGAAGAAGAGAGAGCUCGAGGCUAUUCUAAGAGACUUUGCCGCCAAUCUCGAUAGGCCCCCAGAUGCAUCAUCGUUGAGGAGGAAAAAGUCAUCUCGACACAACCGCGAUCACAUACACUCGGGAUCUGGAACCCGGCCAGAACAUGCCUCUUCCUCUCCACCAUCCAACUUCCGGCCAGCCGACUCCGCCUACGCCUCCAUGUCAACUGGUGCCAAGUCUGCGAGCACGUGUCUUAGCGGUCCUAUCAUGAGUUCAAACAAAUCAUCGAAGCAAAAGGUGGAGGAUUAUCUGCGAAACAUUCCCGAUGGCCUAUACCUGCGACACAUGAUCAUGACAGACAAGGAGCGGAAGAAUCUCGUUGUUCGUCGUCUUGAACAGCUUUUCACGUUUAAGGCCAGUACUCGCCGCAUGUCGAAGAAGCAGUCUAUGGAGCCGGGUGACAGCUUCGCUUUUGCACGCGUUGUAGGGGAUACACAGACGACGGGCUUAUCAACAGCCCUUGAACCACCCACUCUUGGAGCCGAGCCUAUCCGGGAGGCAAGGAUUCUCCCUCUGGAGCAACAAUCCCGGCGUUUGAGAAACAUGAGCCGUUUUGGAGGCCAUGGGUCGGCUUCUAAUCCCGAUGAGGAUCACACGGGCACCGGAGGCAAUGGUAACAGCACCGGUUCUGAUAUCAAGCUGUCUCCCCCAGUGCCGCCUCUGCCGGAGCAGCUGCGACCCUGUGAUUUGGACCCCGAUCGUGCUCAAAUUUCAUCCGAGAUUAUGAACUACAUCCGGCAUAUGGGUCUUGUGCCGUCCCCCGAGUUACUGCCCGAUCAGGACAACAUCCAUCCUGACGCCGAGGGCUGGGUGUACCUGGACCUGCUCUGCAACUUGCCCCAGCUCCAGAUAAUGAACAUGACACCAGACUUCGUUCGCUCUGCCGUCUCAGAAAUCAGCACCAACUUUCAGUUGUCCCCUGACGGGCGCAAGAUUCGAUGGCGAGGUGGAUCCGAAGGUACCAAAUUCAGUAGAGACAGCUCUGAUUACAACUCGCAAAAAAGUCCUUUUGUCGAUGACAUCGAAGGUUCGGAGAAGAAACGCAGGCGUCCGAAGCCUAGCCGUUCCACCGGCAACAAGCUCCAAUCUGGCGGUUCAAGUAAGCAUACGCCUAAAUUUGAUCCGCGACUUUACGCUCCAUUCGACAGCUUUCAUUACAAACCACUGUUCGUUCAGCAGGAUUCAUCCGGCAGGCACACUCCAAUGGAUGAGACGGAUUGUCCUGUUGGACCAGCGAAGGGCGACAAUCUCGGCGAGCCGGGAUUGGACUUGAAUUGCACCGGCGGGUCAACUCGCGAAAAGCAACGCCAUGAAGGUGCUAUCAUCUACUACAGCGGCGCACCUUUCUGCAUCGAUUUAUCGGGUGACCCAGUUGAUAUGUCACCGGCCACUCACAUGGUCUCGCGCGGUCAAACCCGCAAGAAUUACCAGCAGGCAUCAGACGUCACUCCGUCUCCUCCACAGCGAACAGCGCCUGGCUCCUUCAUCAACCACAGACCGUUGACUGAUCGAGGCCAGAUCCUACGUCAGCAGAGUUCAGCCAUGGAUGGGGAUAAUAAUGGACUUCGGGGUCUGACAUAUGAUGACGGCGAACCAGUAAGCGAUAUCGAGCUGGAUUUGAUUUGGCCCGACGAUCAGCAGUACAUAGAGUACCCGCCCUUGGAACCCUCCGGACUUGGCGGCGUUUUCCCCGAAGAUCACUUUAUGGUGGUUAUUGCUACUAAGCGGCCGAAGCAAGAUACCCUCCCAUCGACUUCUGAGUCCCAAGUUCAGAGGUUGAACAAAAGCACAGAAGGGAUCAUCCAUCGGCUGGCAACGGUGUCAACUUCUUGCCCUGUCCUUGGCGGCUUAAAAACAAGACCAAGCGAAGAACCACCGCCCAUCGAACUUGAGUAUCUGUCGGGGCGCAUCAAGAGGCUAGCGCCGGUCCAACUGCCAUCUCCGGCUAUUUUCUUCCCGCCGUUUAGCACUGACGACUCCACGUCUGACGAAGAUGACGGCGUACCUGCAGAUAUAGACAAUACUGGAUCUUCAGAGGAGCGUGUGAGCCGAUGGGAGAACCCAUAUCAUUCCGAUAGCUAUCCCGAUGGCCUCGAUGUCAGCAGUGGUGUUGAGGAAGGUGACGAUCCAGACGAAUCGUCCCAAGAUCAGAAGAUUGACCAUGUCAAUAGAGAUACUGAGACAAUAAUGUUACCUAACCGCACUCAGCAGGCCACUCGUCGCACCAGCAGCUUCGCAGCUACAGGAAGGAAGGGUACCGCCGCAGGUAUCCCGCAAGCAGACGAUACCAGUGGUGAGGACACUUCCUGA